CGACAUAUUUGAUAUUUGUCAGACGAUAUUUAUUUUUUUAUACCAAUAACAAAACACAUUUUAGAAAUAACACAACGCUAUGGAAUGGACGUUCACAAAAUAUUUACAAUUUACAUAAAAAUGAAUAUUACAAGUAUACAAUUUUGUGUUUUACUAUGUUAUUCAAUACACUUGACCGAUAUUGGCGAUUUUAACGUGGUAAAUAUGUCGGUAUAUUUAUUCGUGUUUCAUACGUCAUUAGUUUCAUUUGAAGGAAAUUAUUUAACUCGUAAAGACAGAUAGAAAGAGAAAAAAACUGCAUAUGUUAAUUUUAUUUUAUGGAAAAAACAACAACAAAAACACAUAACACAAAAUAAACCUUACAUUUAAAGCAUGUAUCAAAGAUGUGACGUACAUGUUAUGUAAGACGCCAACACAAGCUUUUGUUGGUCAUGUAGUUUUAUUAAAGAGGCUUGUCUUCAACAACAGUGUCAUAGUACAUUUGUGAUUCGCUUGAAUUAACUAUACGAAUAAUAUUAUACAGAUUUUAUUUCUAUGAUGUACUAACAUCCACGAAAGAUAUAUAAUACGAUGCGCGCACUUUAUCGAUCUGCGUCAAAGGUCAAAGGCAGACAACUCUGCUAUAUAUGUAACGAAGUCGUUGCAUCGGUUAUCGCCAUUUGGGUAAAUUCGGAACCAGUCAAAUAAUUACAGUAGCAAAAAGAGAACCGUUCCGAAAAUAAAAAUUGUCGGCCAUAUUUGUUGUUUAUAUACAACAUUUAAACUAUCGCAAACUAAAAAUGAAUUUGGAAACGAACAGGCUGUUAACAUUUGAAAAUUUUCCAACGGAUCCAUGUGUGAGCGUGUUACGUUUAGCGCAACAGGGAUUUUACUUUACUAGAGAAGAUUCAAAAGUAAUGUGUUUCUUUUGUAGAAAUACGCACGGCGAUUGGAACACCGAUGGAUUUUUUUACGAUAUCUCAGGCCUUCACCAUCCGGGUUGUACACCCCAGACUCGAGACACUAGGGGAAACAUCCCUUUAGGCUAUGAAAGAGCUCCUCAGAGAAACCGUGGACGAAAUGGUGCACCAAAUCUUCCCCAUCCUGGUGUUUCAGAUCUUAUUAACGCAACCGCCGUUUCUGAAGAGACAGCAAGCCAUCUAGGUAUUCAUACCAACAGACCGCUGAAUCCGCCUCAGGCGAUUCUUCACCGCAGAAUAACCUCAUUCAGAAACAGUCCAACAAACAUUCGAGCGCGUGCAGAACAGAUGGCUGAAGCUGGGUUGUAUUAUACUGGAAUUGCCGACUGUGUCGAGUGCUUCUAUUGUGGAGGUGUUCACAGGAGCUGGGAGUCAGCGGACGAUCCUUGGACAGAACAUUCUCGAUGGUUUCCAAAUUGCACAUUUGUGCAACUAAAUUCGACAAGAAAUUCCAAUCAUUUAGCGGUGACCAGGUCAAUAUCCAAUGCACACAUAGACUUGACACAAACUGGUAAUGCUCAGCCAAGGUGUGCAGUCUGCCGCAUACGUCGUUCCAAUGUGGUGAUCGAACCAUGCCAUCACCUGGUCACUUGCGUAGAAUGCUCAGAGUCGCUUUUUAGAUGUCCAGAGUGCCACGAACUUAUCAGAGCUAGCAUGGAAGUGUGUUUCUAUUGAGCGAACUCAACUUUUAUUUAGGCUACAUGGUACCUUUACUGCGUUGUUUUAACAAGUCUUAUUGGUUGUUCAAUUACAGAGAUUAUUAAAUUUAUUACUUUUA